UCGUUAGUUCCUAAGUAUUUGCAUGGAUCCAAUCAUGAAUCCAACGCCCUCUGAGGCACAUCCUGAAACCUUAGAUUUUCUUUCUCGCACUUGGUGCAACUUUGCAGUUCAAGCUCUCCAGCCAGAGCUGCCAGACCAAUCAAUCGUUCUCCUAGACAACUCGAUCAAGAAAUUUGAUUGCGACAUGAAAUCUCAUCUCUCGAAGAUGGAAAAUAGUGUGAAAAUGGAUGACACAGACUUCAAGUCUCUACCACCAUGGAAAUCCAAUGAUUUGAAGUCAUGGAUUUGGAUGCAACAAGCAAUGCAUCCUGAAUUAAACUACAACAAUUGUUUCCGGAAGAAAUGGUUUUCAUGGAAGAUAGUGCCAUUUAAGACCAUUUCAAUCAAGAAAUGGUUGAAAGAGAUAAAGCAAAAGAGAAAAGAAGAAGAUAGGCUAGUAAGGGCAGAAGUACAUGCAGCUAUAUCAGUGGCAGGGGUAGCUGCAGCCCUAGCUGCAAUUGCUGCUGAGAACUCCAGAAAAGAUGAAUCUGGUGGUACCACCACUACCAAGGAGGACGCUGUGGCCUCUGCGGCGGCUCUGGUGGCCGCACAAUGCGCCCAGGUCGCAGAAGCAAUGGGAGCAAAGAGGGAGCAGCUUAGCAAUGUAAUAGGCUCAGCCAUGAGUGGUACAAGUGCAAGUGACAUCCUUACUCUCACUGCAGCCGCCGCAACAUCAAUAAAAGGAGCUUCAACACUUAAAGCAAGAACAGGAAUAUGCAAGAACAGAUUAAAUGGAAGUGCACCAGUGCUACCCAUUGAGGAAAACACACAACUUGAUUUCGACUUCGACAAAUGUAGAUCAAUACUUGCCCGUGGCACUCAGCUCCACGUUCAAACACCAGAUGGAAAUUUUGGAGUAAAAUCAGUGUCUAUCAUCCUAAACAGCCAAUCGAAGGUUAUACUAAAGAUAAGAAAGCUCAAUUUGUUGAAAUCCAAGAAGGAAAGUAUUGUACUGGAUGUGCAUGCUGAGUUGUAUAAAGAUUCAGAAGGUGAUGAUGAAGAUGAUACAUGCUAUCUUAUCGCAUUAACAACUAAUCAAGGGAUAAUCAAGCUAGACAUGGGUGACGAUUAUCAUCGUUACAAGAUCUGGGCAUCAACCAUUAAUCAUAUGCUCAUGCUUUCUACUUCUUUUUCAAAAUAUGAGCUUCAAUUCUACAAAAACUGAAUGUAAUUGCUUAUUAAAAAAAAAAAAAAUUGUGA